CGUCAGUAGUGUCCUUUCACUUUACGGCAGGGCAGCAUGUGGAGGUCAGAGUUACGGAAUCUCUCGGUCAGAGACUGAAAACUCUCUAAUUAUCAAAGUCAGCAUUUGACAACUCGGCACAGUGACAUCUAUGUGGGAUUUUCAACAGAGGAUAAACAGCACAAAACCGUCGAUAAAGAAAAUCGUUUGGCGCCGUUAACGUCCAUCAAUUUGACGCGAGUCGGUAAGGAAGAAGACUUAUCAUCGAGACGGUUUUCUCUGUAUCAUCUCUGAAGACAUGGAUAAUAACACACCGGCAUCAGGAGGAUUUAAAGGGGGACUUGGGAGCAUUUUCGGUGGAGGAACCCCUGAGUAUUCAAAUACUGAGCUCGCAGGAGUACCAUUGACUGGUAUGAGCCCUCUGUCGCCCUACCUCAAUGUUGACCCUCGUUACCUUGUACAGGACACUGAUGAGUUUAUCUUGCCAACUGGGGCAAAUAAAACCCGUGGUCGCCUCGAGCUGGCCUUCUUUACCAUCGGGGGAUGCUGUAUAACAGGUGCUGCUUUCGGGACACUUAAUGGUCUCCGUAUGGGCCUGACAGAAACUAGAGAUAUGCCGUGGUCAAAACCCAGAAACGUACAAAUUCUGAACAUGGUCACACGACAAGGUGCAUCAUGGGCCAACACACUAGGAUCUGUGGCUCUUUUGUAUAGUGUGUUCGGUGUGGUCAUUGAGAAGGCCAGGGGCGCAGAGGAUGACCUCAACACAGUGGCAGCCGGAACAUUAACAGGGAUGCUUUAUAAAUCCACAGCUGGACUCAAAGGAGUUGCCAGAGGAGGUCUCGUUGGUUUAGCCAUGUCUGGCCUGUAUGCUCUUUACAACAACUGGGAUCACCUGAAGGGGACUUCGCCUUCACGUUACUGAGGAUGACUGAGAGCUCAAACCAUGGACUUAUUUUGACUCUGAGCCCAUUCUUAGUUUUUAUGUUGCAUCCACUUCUUUAUGAAACCCACGGACCACGACACAUGCACAGACUUUUUCAGAGUUACAUCAAGUAUAAUAUUUAAAUGGAAGAGCCAGACUGCCUCCAGAUGUGUGGACUAACUGUGAAUUUGCUGGUAACAUCGAAGUUGUUCAUGUACAUGUCUUUGUUGGUGUAAGAUGCAGGAACAGUGUAUCCUUUAAUCAUGAGGUUUUAUCUGUUCUUGUUGUGGAUUGAUGCAUUUUGUCAGUGCUGACUAAACAGGCUGCUUCCUGUCUGAAACCAUUGAAAAUAAAAUACAAGUUUCCACUG